ACUUUCUCUGUCAUCGUUGUUUUCUUGUGCGGAAUUGAUACGGAAUUCACAGAUGAUUACGACUACGUUUACGUAGAUAUUUACUAUGAUUACGUAUUACUAUUUCAGUGUAGUUAGAUUUACUGUGUGAAGGAAAAAAGAUUUAUUUAUUUAGAUCCAAAACUGUAUUUCCGAGUUCUAUUUGCAAUUAGUAUUUUCUAAUUUAUGUAUACGGAGAAAGUAUAGUGUUGAGUGAGUUAGCUUCAACAUUGAUGGUAGUUUUUGUGGUGCUAUUGAAAUUGAAUGGUGUCUGAUUUAUGCAAGAUAUUUGGCCUCGAGAGUUUUAAAAUAUAUAAAACUUAGUACGGUGCUUUGGUAAUUUGAUGAAGUAACUUGUGAGAACGCAUAGUUUGCUAAAUGUCUCAGGAGAAAGAACUAUUGUGCGACUAUGGAAAGUGGUGGCGGAUCAGGAGAUGGGAAAGAAAACGGGGUUUGGACAACGUCGACCAUCAUAGAGAACAGAGCUAAAUGGAGUCUCGGCGCCGACGUUGAACUUCUACGUCAUCUCAAGAGUUUCUCCGAUCGAAUCUCCAGUCAACUGGAGAGCACUUCGCAAGCUUUGGACUCACUCGAGGCAGACUUGGCCACUACCUGUGUCGGUGUGCAUCUGGUCUCCAAUCACUUCUUGUCGUUGGCUGACUCUCAGUUUGUUGAAAAUCGAGUCUACGACGAUGAAGAACCGACUGAAGACAAACAGGUGAGUAGUGAACCGGUGAAAAAGUCGAGGCAAGAAGAAGAGGCCGAUCGUUUCAACAGGAAGAAGAGUGCAAUCGCGAAUGGACUCGAAGUUCUGCGAGCGAGUUUUGUAUCUGUUGAAAUUCCCAACAUCGAUUCUGAUGAUGACGAUGGUGAAGAUGAUGAUGAUGGUACUCCAAUUGGUAUAGUUUAUAAGCCGAUCAAUCGUUUCGAAAGCAAGCCACUUCCGCAUUUAAUUGGUUCCAAAGAAUUUUUGAUCGACCCUUAUGUUGGUAUCAAAUCUCGAUUAACUGAUGAUGAGGAGGAAGAUGAUGAUGAUGAUGAGGAGGAGGAGGAGAACGAAGAAAAAUUGUCAGAUGAAUCGUCAGCCAGUAAAGCUUUCUCCGUUCACGAAGACUCCGAGCCAGAAAGCGAUCGUGUAAACGUUGAAUCAGUUGGUGCAUCUGAAUCAAAGCCGAAUACAUUGGGCAAAGGUGAGUUGUCGUUUGCAGAGCAUCUGAGUGCUCGUCUGGAAGGUAUGCGAUUUGAAGGUAAACUAGAUGCUUCCUCAGACGAUUCCCUGCCUUCUGUUGCUCCUGUCAAGAUACCAACCACAAUCCACACCACCUAUGAACCUGUUGUACGGCCCUAUGAUAACAAAGCUGAUCGAUACUACGAUAAUGGGUUUGAUGACAGCUAUGAUGAUUACAAUGAUUCAAUAUUUGCAGCAAACAUCACCGAACCUCCCCCUGAUAAUGAUUUUGAUGAAGAGGAUCUGUUCUUGCCCAAUGACGAUAGGAAUCUAGAAUCGCCACUGUGGGGUGGAAGCAGUCAACCUGUUGUCUCUAACAAACAAAACUUGAUCCGAGAUUUGGAAAGUAAGCUGAAAAAAGAUUCGAAUCCUCCAGUUAUAAGUGCUGUAGACAAGAACUCUUCAUCUACUUCAUCGUCGCCUGGUAACAGAGCCAUGAACCCCGCCAGUCGUCCCACUGACUUGUUCUCGGGAGAUAGCAUUGAGGAACCUGACAGCCUGUUCUCUGCUGCUAAACAAGUUAACGAACCAGUCAAGAAAAAAAUGCCUGCCGGUGCUGUUAGUAUAUUUGGUAGUAAUGUAGAUCCGUUUAAAAACAAUUCAAAGACUGAGAAAGACACAACAACUAACCGCGCCCCAAUUAAAAAGAAGCCAGACAUUGUCAGUUCACUCAAAUCCAAUAAUAGUGACAAUAUGGAUGACGAUGAAGAUUCCCUAUUCACGUCCGGUUUGGAAAAGACGUCUAGUAAAAACAGUUCAACCAAACUUUCGGAUUCUUUCCAUGAAGAUACCUUAUCAAUUAGAAGCAAUAAGUCAGGGCUGUUUGAAAGUGAUGCGAUUCCUCCGCAAACAUCAACAAAAGCCAUCGAUGAUCUGUUCAAAGAUGUGGAUGAUGACAAUGACGAUGAUGACCUUUUCAGUAGCUAUUUCACAAAAAGUAAAAAAGAAAAACCUCCACCUGUAAAACGUAAUGAAGAUACUUUUGCAUCCUCUUCAUCAUCAAAACCUAAAUCAGUUGUAGAUGAUUUGUUUGGAGAUUUCAAAGACGACUUGUUUGCUAGCGUUAAGGAUAAAAGUAAAACUGCAUCCACUGAGAAAAAGGCAAACAUCAGUAGCUCAAAAGUGCAGAAUUUGUUCAGUGAUUCUGAUUCAGACUCUGAAUUUAUAACUUCCAAAAAGAGUGCAAGCAUUCCUUCAAAAUCAGUAUUGCCGAAACAGCAGCAGCUACCUAGCAAAUCCCUAUUUAGUGAUAAUGAAGAUAGUGAAAAAUUAUCUGAUGACAUUUUUGCGGCUUCUUCGGCUGCUUCAAAGCCCAAGAAUGUGAAAACUAGCGAUAAUUUGAAACAGGGUAGCACUGACGACCUUUUUGGCAGUUUAGGUAAAGAUACUGUCAAUCCAGUUGACAAGAAAGACUUAUUUGAAGGUAUAGGUAGAAGUGAUAGCAAACCAAAAACAACACCUCCAGUCAAACAGUCGAUUGCUUCUGCGAAAAGUAAAGUAUCCAUUUUCGAUGAUACAGACUCUGAUGGUGAUGAUGGUCUGUUUGGUAUCACUACCAGUAAAAAGCCAACUAAACCCAAGUCUUUGGAUGACGAUGACUUGUUUUCGCAGCCCAUUUCUUCUAAAUUGCCAGACAAACAGGACUCUAAACAUUCCUUUAAUAAGUUGGAUGAAAGUUCAGUGAAGAAACCAGAACCCAAGCCAGUUUUGAUUGAGGAAGAUAAAGCGCAAUCAAUUGAUAACCCUCCGAAUAAGCCCGUGGUUCCUCCCCACCCUUCAAUCUCUGAAAAGACUGUAGAGGAUGACUGUGAUGAUUUGUUUAGCACAAAUAACAGUGCUGCUAUAGAUAUUAAGACAGCUAUUCCAAAGUUUGAAGAUAGUAAGAAAGAUAUUGAUAAAAAAGAUGAACCUAUUGCUGCCGUAGUUGACGACCCAUUGUUUGAUGAAAGCUUCAAUGUGAGUGCAUCAAAUAAAUCGUCAAUUAAAACAAAAGAAGGUCCUUCUGUUGCUCGUUCUUCUGCUGAUUCACUUUUCGGUGGUAUUGAUGAUGAUAGCACAGACAUAUUUAGUAGUUUGGGCAAACCAGGGUCUAAAAGUUCCAAAAGUAACAAUGAAAAGACUGCUUCUUCAGUGCCUUCCACUAUUGUAACAAGUAAGAAAGAAGAAGAUGGUCUUAGUGUGUUGAAAGAUGACAAUGAUGAUGGAUUAUUUAGUAAUGAUAAAUCUAAUAUUUCCUCUGCUUCACAACCGCCAUUAGUAGAUAAAAAGUCAACUACAUUAUCAGCUGAGAGAGAGUUAUUUGGUGAAGAUUCACAUGUUGACCUAGAAACAAAAGUUGGUUCACAAAAAGAGGACAAAGUUGAGACGAGUGUCCCACCAAAGUCUCCAGUAGAUGAUUUAUUUGAAGCAAAAAAACCAGGUGUUGUAGAUUUUCCACCAAGUGCUGAACCUUCAGUACUUAAAUCAACAGUUGAGUCUAUAUUUGAAACAAAGAAAUCAGGUGAUGCAGAUUUUCCUCCAAUUACUGAAUCGUCACUACCUAAAUCAACAGUGGAGUCUAUAUUUGAAACUAAGAAAUCAGUUGAUAUAGAUUUUCCUCCAAGUACUGAACCAACACUUGCUAAAUCAUCAGUUGAGUCUAAAUUUGAAGCAAAGAAAUCAGGUGAUCUAGAUUUUCUACCAAGUACUGAACCAACACUUGCUAAAUCAUCAGUUGAGUCUAAAUUUGAAGCAAAGAAAUCAGGUGAUCUAGAUUUUCAAUCGAAUAUUGAACCAAUACUUCCUAAACCAACAGUUGAGGCCAGAGUCGAGACUGAUCCAUUGUCAAGCGUGCAAACCACAACAUCACCUGAAACGUCUCAAAAACCACAACCACCCUCAAAACCUUCCAAACCCAUUUUGCCAGAAAAGAGGUCCAAACCAAUUCCACCAAACACAUUGAAGCUGCCUGAUCCCAUACUGUGUGAUAACCAGGUGACAGAUGCAACUGACGGGGGAAUAUUCAGUUCAGAGCCCAAAGUCGAAUCGCCGAAGAGGAUAACUCCAGGUAAACUGAACCUACAGAAGACACUGAAUAUUGAUCCUAGAGCUCUUCUACCUGGAGCGAUGCCGAAAUUCAAGAAGCCUUCAAACGAAGAGGGAGUUGGGGAAAAGAGUGAUGUAUCUGAGCCUCAAGCGGUGUUGCCCACAUUGGUGGAGGGUGGAAAGGUGAAACCACAAUCUGAAGGUAAGGUUUCCCCCUCAGGUGUACUCACCAACGUCAAUAAGGACAGAGCAAGGAUUCAAGCUAAACGCCGACCACCAACUAGGAAGGCUAGAAGAGAGGCGUUGAGGCAUUCCACAUUUGAAGAAGAUGAAACAGACAACAGUUCUUCAAUUGCUACUCAAUCAGUUGCCGAUCAAACUUCGAGCUCUGUGGAGCCUUCAAAUGUGCUCUCUCCCUCCACCGAUGAAGAAGACCUAUUCGGUGUUCCACCUCUAGAUUUACCUCCUGAUUACACCAAAGUCAGCACUUCUCCGGGAGACCUGUUUGCAGUUCCAACCACCGUUCUCUCCCCCGGUCUAUCUGCCACCGAAAACGAGUUCUCAGUCAGCGACAAUUCUAGCAAAAAACCUCCCACAAAAACUAAUCUAUCGAAAAGUGACUCACAACUCCCAUUUGUUGACCCGCUUUCUAAUUUGGAUAACCAGCAAUGAUGGUAACUCAUUUUUUAUGUGAUAAUAAUUUUCCACGAACAAAUACGAUUUUCUAGGUAAAUUUAAAUUAAUAAUUUGUUACAUGAAUUCUAAAAUUUUUUCAACCUUGUUAUUGUUUAGGGAAAUGGAUUGGUACAACACAAACUGUAGUUUGUGUUAUGAGUAUUUUAAUCUUGUUAAUUCUAGUAAUUAAAACCUGAAUUAUGGAAAUUGAUAUCUCAAAUGAUUUGAAUAUAAUACAUUCCAAAUUGAUACGCAAUUUCCAACAGUAUAAAUAUUUCCAAACAACUAUGUCAAUUUUAUUAGGCUUUGUGGCGUGAUUAUCGGUUGUUAAGUUGUGUGAUUUUCCAAUCUGUUCUUGAUUGACUUUUUGUGUAAACCACAAAUAUUGGCGUUAUAUUAAAAAAUAAAUCGAAAUCUGAUGAGUCCAAUUGGAUUGAGUAGAUGAGAAACUGCGUUGAAUGAAUUACAAUAAGAUUCAUUCCACAUUCAAUGAUGUUGAGAACAGUAUAUAUUUCCCUCCGCUAUUCUUUGUUUAUUGAACAAUUCUUUAUUGAACUCAUGCCAAUAUAUAAGAAUAUUCAUUGUGUAGAAGAGGCUGAAAAUGUAUUUGCUGAAUAGUUUUAGUUUCUUCGAAUUCAGAAUAAUUUGAAAACUGAUCUAGAAUCAAUCGAGCUUAAUUUAGAAUAAAUGAUAUUCCAGCUUUAUUGCUUUUAGUGCUGUAAUUUUAUAGUUAUUAGCAUGUUAUUAUUCUGUUCUAUUGUAUUAUUAUUUAUUGAUACCAAAUAUGUUCUUGUUGAUUCUAUGUUAUGUGAACAAAUUGUCACAAUUGUUUUAGUUAUAAUUGGCAUCUUUAAUACAUACAUAUUUGUUGAGCUUCAUAUCUAUUAUUCUGCCUAUGACUAUUUGCUAUAAUUGGAGAAAUAAUGUCAUUCAGAAAACCAAACAGGUCAGUAAUAAAUCAAUGAUGAAAAGUUUCCCAUUUAUUCAGUUAUUGCAAGAUACUGAAUAAAUUUGUUUGUAUCAUUACUGUCAUUGAUGAUACUUCUCACAAAAAUCGUGUCAAUUAUACAAUAUUCAUUAAUAUACAUUAGAUGGAAUCAUGCUUUACCCUAUCAUGUUAGGGUUUCAUGAAGUACAGUAAUUGUCAUGAUAAUUUUAUGAUAACAUGAAUAGUUUUGAUUUACUGAACGCAAUAAGAAUGCCUUGAGAAUGCAAAGAACUGAGGAGUAAUAAUUAUUUAUUGUUUCUAGGAUUUAAAACGGCUAAUUUAUAGAUUCCAGUUACCAAAUCGAGUGCAAUAAAUAAUGAAAGAUCGAAGUCAUAAAUUAUGACCUGUUACUAAUAAUGCUGAAUAAUGAUAGUGUUGAUAGAGUUGCUGAAAUUCAACCUAGUGAAAUUGGGUUUGUUCUCGUUAAAUCACUCAUUUUUGUCAUGUUCAUCAAUGAUUUCACUUGAAUUGUUCACGUUUUGAAUGAUAAUUUCUUCAUUGCUUUUAUAUUAUAUCUUGAAAUUAAUUUCUAUUGUAUGAUAAUUUUAAUGUUCACUUGUUAUAAAUGUACGGAUAUUUGACUUUAUUGUAAAAACGCUUAUAUGAAAAUGGAAUUUAUUAAAAAAUCUAUAUACCAACAAA